GCAAAGUACGAACACGGGCCGCGACUGGAUCUUAUCGUCGUGAAUGCACUGGUAGUUUGACCGGCGUUUUCAGCUUCCGGUCCGACACCGGCAGCUAUCAAGAUGAAUUAUAUUUGCAUCGAUGCAUCAUAUAAAUUUCACGGAUGUAUGAUAGAUGCGCUUAGUGUGCCGAAAUACUGUCGGCAGUAAUUUAUUAUACCGUGUGGGGUUGGGAAAUAGUGUGGAGUUUUCUCAAGCAGGAAUGAAUCCUUUUCUGGUGCUAGUUAUUUGCUGUGCCGUGGGGAACAAGCUUCAUUUCACACGUGCUCAGCAAAACAUUUUCGACCAUGCCUCAAACGUCUUGCUUGGAGCGGCUGCAAAGGGAAAAGAAAUCAUCGAUCAUGGUGUUAAUGUAAAAUCUGAUCGACAGAAUAGUUAUGAUUUUUUCGGUUUGAAGUUGGGUACGAACAAUGGCAUUAAUAGCGGAUUCGGAGAUGCUGCAACGGAAGCAACGCCGAGUAGCGCCGAAGAUGACUUGACUCGCAAGAAACGUUCAUUAGACUUACUGCGACCGACUGGAAUUCUUGCUAACUCCGCCUUUGGUGCUAAUGUUUAUUUAGUCACUAUUAAUUCAGUUAUUAACGUGAAUAACUAUGGAGUGACAACGGAAGCAAGCGCUACUGAAUCAUCGAAGCGAAAAAGACAUUUAAGAUUAGAGGACGACUCACCAAAGCAGCUAGAAACCAUCAGCGACGCAAAAGAUGCGUUCGAUGAAAAAAAUAAUAAAAUGUUCAAAUUCGUUGACUACGAGUCUCCACAGAAUGAUAAAUUCAUACGUGAUAUGAGAUCUCCUGUGUAUCACCCGAAAACGAUUGAUCAGAAGAAAUAUGGCUUUGAACAUGAAAUAGGACUGUUAAGAUUACAACCAUCUGAAACUCAAUCCAGCGAUACUAGAAUUCUUAUCCGGUCAAGGCGAUCACCUCAAGAAUCCAGUAUCGAAACAGAAGCUUCAACCGGAAAGCCAGCCGAUCGACCUCGUGCAGAACGGCGAGGAGGUGGACAGCCUCCGAAUACGAGAAGGCGAAAACAUCAUGGCGGACCUUGCAAAAAACGGGGGCUGCCAUCCGAUGAAGAUGUAGAAAGUAAAUCCGAUUCACCUGGAGAUGAUAUGACAUCCAUAGAUUCUAAACGAAAACGUGAAAUAACGGAAGACGAGAAAGAUGUAUUUAACAUUGACGGAGUCGAUCUGGACCGAUCUUACAGUGAUUAUUCUAGUGAAGUUGAUAGUACCCAUAAAUCGUCUGAUGAAGAAUAUGUAAGCUAUGAAGUCAUGUAUGACGAUGAGGAGAACAAGAAGGCGUUUCAACGAAAUAAAAGACCACCGUGUGGAAGGGGUGGAAAUCGCGUGACAUCAACCGCAAUGCCAGCAAAUUUGCGAAGAGGGAAGAGGGACGUUUUACCGGAAGAGGGCACAGAAAAACCCGCCUCAUGGUUCUCUACAGUACUGGAUAUUAUAGUAACUUCUGCUAAACAGGUGGCUGCAGUAACGAGAAAAGUUUUUACCAGAGACAAACAGGGUGAGAUGGAGGAAAAUCCGGACGCGGAGAAAUUGUAACAACGUCUUAUUUAAAUUUGGAAAUUUGUGCAGUUGUUACUAUGCAAUGUUCUUCAAUGCUUGUAAUCAUAAGGCAAAUAAAAUUUCUCAACAAAGCAUGACAUAUUCGAUUUUAUCAGAAAGACUUAUGUG